AUUUCAAACGUCCGGGCGGCAUCGCUGCGCCGCUUCGUGCUCGGCGGCCCCGCGGAGACACUAUGGAAGAAGGAAAAGAAAUGGUGGCACACUGCUCAAGUCAUGUGAUUGAAGAAAACCUGAGUAUUUGCACGAGCAAUGACUUUCCUCUUCUGACUGAUGAAAAGUUUGAUUUUGACCUUUCACUCUCUCCAGCAAGUGGAAAUGAAGAUGAAGUUUUUGUUGGGCCUUUGGGACACAAAGAAAAAUGUAUUGCUGCCAAUGUUGAAGCAAAAACAAGUGCUGAAAAAAAGAGUGCACCUGCUUGUGAUGAUGAACUCAUGUGGAGCCCACUUACAGGAGAGAAAUUUGUGGAGAUUUUCAAAGAAGCUCAUUUGUUAGCACUGCAGAUAGAGACUGGAAGCAAGAAUGAACAGACUAAAAUAAGCCAAUCAGAAGAACGGGAAGACAAGAUUAUAGAAAAAUUUGUGGAGGACUCAAAGUCAAAAUUGACAAUACUGAGAAACCAAAAUAUAGAGAAAAGUCCCAGGGCUGUUAAACGGGAGACAUACUGUGUGCGAGAUAGCCCAGCAUGUCAGCUGCCACCUUGUUUUCCAAACGAAUUGGAUAAACUUUUGUCAGAUGACAAAACACAUGCUUUUCAUACUCCUCCAAACAGAAGCCCUGUUAAAAUUUGUGUAUCUCCUACAGAAAUUGCCAGUUCACCUCUGACACAAGAACAGGAAACUAAGGGAACAAAUAUGAAGGCAACUGGCAAACUGCCAAUGGCAAAAGCUUCAUCUACUCUUGGAAGAAGCAAUUUGUUGACUAUUGAAAAGCCCAAACCAGGAAAACAUACUAGUAUUUCUACAAAAAGAGACUUGAACAGCAUGGGAUCAUCUGAAGAUCUAAUUUCUGAUAAAUCUAGUGCUGCUUCAGAUGUUUUUGAGUCUUCGUUCAGUGACAGUUCCUCAGCGCAAGACAAAAAAGCCUUUCCUGCACCAAGUAAGCCUAGCUUAAAGAAGAUGACACAUCUGAAACUUCCUGGUGUUGCCAGUGGUCUCACAAGAAAGACUACUUCCUCGUCAUCAGUGUCUAGCAUGAACUCAAGUCUGAAUUCAAGUUUAUCCAUUUCUCCUAUAGGAAAAAAUGGAAAAUCAAGCAUGUCUUCAAAAGCUAGUGUGAGUGGCUCUAACCUUUCAGCUAGUACAAAUAGGCUGGGCCUUGUCAGACCUACCAGAGUGUCAUCUCUGCAGGCUGCCAAUACAGAAAAAUCCAGGAAGCAAGCAAGAUCAGCUAGUACUCCCAAAAUAUCUAGUGCUGUAAGCUUGGCUCAUUCUUCAGCUUCUGCAACAUCAUCUGAGGCUGUAGGCAGUGGAAUUCAGAGGCUGAGCUCUGUUCCCAGUCUGCAGAAGCUAUGUCAGCAGAAAAAAGAUGGAAGUGCAACAAAAGGAAGCCUGUGUCCAAAGCCCAAGGCUAGAGUUUUGUUUGUUCCUACAAGUCAAACUAAGGUUCCAGUGAAGGUGGGAGAUACGCCACCAAACAAAUCAGCACCAAAAGCAACACCAUCUCUUGGAUUAACAUUUUGUGGCACACUUGGAAGUGCCAUGGCAGUCAGCACUCCUGUGAAAGCCUCAGAAGAUGGGGUCUUUCAGAAUUCUUGUUUUCCUGAGAGGUCUGUCUCAAUGACUCCUGCCAGUCUGAAACGGUCUGGCUUACCUACACCUGUUCGUCGUAUCUCAGGAUUUCCAGCAGUGACUCCUAAAACUGCACCAAGAAUGGCAUUUUCUCCACAUGCUGCAUCUGUUCACCAAAGUUCCAGCUUUUCUACCAAAAAGACUCUUACAGCUGGUUCUAAACAGACAGAAGAGAGUAAGACAAAGAUAUCUUCAGAAGAUGAUACAUCUCCUCCACCCGUGCUACCUCUUGCACUUAACUUCUCACCAGAAAAAACUGCUCCAGAAGAGGUAGAAAAUGAAGUAAAAGAGGCUGAAGUACAAAAUCAACUGGCUGAAGAGAAACAAACUGAGGCCUUACUGGUAGAUAUUGGAGUAGACAAAUGUCUCCCACACGUUUUGGAAUGUGAAAGUAGACCUCUGAUUGACCUUUCCAAUACUCCAGAAGUGAAUAAGGUUACUCCUCUAAAGCCUAUGUUCUCAGGGCAGGUAAAGCUAAUUGAUUUGAGUUCGCCUCUUAUCACUCUGAGUCCUGAUGUAAACAAAGAAAACCUGGAUUCCCCUCUACUCAAAUUCUGAACUUGAGUUGAAAUGAAGAAUUCUUGGCAUCUGUGAUCUUUAAAGCGUUUAGAUGUUACUCUUCACUUGUAUGGUUGUGGGUUUUUUUUGAAGAUGGCUAUAGAUUAUCUGAUGAACCACAUUAACACAAUACAAUUCUAACAGUAUCGAUAUAGUCAAACCAAGUCUGAUUAAUGGUUCUGUUCAUGGAUGUGCUGCAAUGGUUGUAUUUAAACUGUGUUGCUCUAAGGCAAAAGGGGAUAUUCUCUGUAUUGGAAGCUUGUCUCUUUAUUUCUUCCAAUUGUUCUUUGAUCCUUAUCCCCUAUGUGCAACAAAGAUUUAAUUUAAAAUAAAUGAGUUGUUUACCAAA